UCUUUUUCUUUUACGGCUGAAAGGAAAGGGAUCCUUCCCCUUUAAAUCCCCGCUCCCGUGAUGCUCUAUUCUGGCAUCCACGUUUUUUGGAAAUGGCUGCUGUUGGUGGUUGGGGUAUAAGGAUCUGUAAAACCGGCUGGCUGCCCACCUUGCAGCUUAUCCGUCAUGGCUCCAAAUCUGUCACACGUCACUGGAAACCAAUGCAUAUUAUGAGACAAAAGCUGAUGGCAGUGACUGAGUACAUCCCACCAAAACCUCUGACUUCAGAGACCUGUAUGAAACCCCAUGUCAUUCUUCCUAAAGAAGAGACUGGCUAUGAAAGACUGCUAUUGCGUCAAGUGAAACAAAUAUUUCUUGAGAAUAAAAUGAUUGUUGUGUGCCAAUACAAUUAUAUUGCUGGAAAUGAUAUGGUAUUAUUCAGGCAUCGGCUGCGAAAGUACGAUAUCCAUGUUAAAUUUUUUCCCAAUAAGAUUAUGAUUCCCUUUCUUUUGGAAUCGAAAUACAAGAAUCUCCUCCCUCUUUUUGUAGAACGCAAUCUUCUACUUGUCAGUAUGGAAACAAAGGCUCAAGAAACACUUCAAAUCCUGAAGCGUGUGCCACAGAUUAAUAUGUUAGGAGCUUGCAUCGAUAAUGUCAUCCUAAGCAAACAAGGCUUUGUAAAUUAUGCUAAGCUGCCAUCUAUAGUAACUGCCCAGGGAGAAACUGCAGGUGUAUUCUCACUCAUGACAUCUCACACUAGCAGACUUUUGCAGCGUGGUUCUGUUCAUCUCAGUUCGUUGCUGGACCAAUAUGUUCAACAGGAAAAUGAAAAAGUUGAAGAAAAGCAGAUAGGAACAUCAGCUAAACUGCGAGCAAUUUAAUUCUUCAGUGUAAAAUUGUCAUUUUUUUUUGUUGCAUACCAUGGGUUGGUGGGAGGGGUUAAUUAGUAUGAUUGACCAGGUGGAGAAAAAUGCUGCAGAACGAGACUAUAAACAAGGAAUCUUAUUAACUAUUUGCUUAUUUAAUACUACAUGUUUAUAAAAUGUUAUUGUAUGUGGAGGACCAUAGGUAUUAUUUAAAUCACAUAUGUUCAGGUGCAGUACAUAGUUUAAAUAUGAAUACAAUUUUAUUAAUUUGCAUAAUUUCUGGUUUAGGUUGGGCAAGAAACAAUCUUUAAUAGGAACUUAUGUAUUUAUUUUAGACUGUUUAUAUAUCAUAACUUAUCAAAAUAGAUUGGUUGAUAAAGUUAAGUUUUAAGAACUUGGAUUAACAACAAAAUAAAAAUGAACUUCCAAGAGAUCCAAAAUGAAACCAUAUUGAAACCAUGUAAAAAAUAACAAACUAUUUACUCUGGCACCAAACAGCAUAUAAUUUUUAUCAGUGUUUAAGAACCUAGGAUGAAUAAUUGAUUGAUUUAUUCUGUUAGGCCAACCAGCUGUUCUUGAAAGAACGGAUGUCUUUCCCACUUGGUCCACUAUUAAUAUGAUAAAUGAAUAGAAAUUGCAACAGUUUUAAUGAGAACUAGGUUGUUUUGUAUCACUUUCAGAGUUCAGGAUGGGGAUUCUAAUCAUUAGGUUCAAUUAAAUUGUACAAUAUAAUUAGCAUUAGAAAAUAGACUUAGAAAAAAAUAAUUUUAAAAAGUUGAAAUAGAUUGCUGAAUGAAAACCUUUUUGACAUGAACAUCUUGAAUAUAUAAGAAAGAACAUAGAAAAAAGAUACAUAGUACAAAAUGUGUUUGGAAAUUAUUCAGGAUUUCAUUGCUUUUCACCUUUUAAAUGUGCUUAUGUAUGAUAAAUGUUCUUAUCUGAUUAAAUAACUAUUAAAAUGCUACAGAAAUAUAGGUUCGUAGUAGUUGUAUUUAGUGGGUUUUACCUUAAAUUAAGCAUGUAUAAUUAUUCAAGUCCUAACUAGGAAAAUAUGCUUCUUUGCAAAAUACUAACCAUCUCAUUCUUUGCCAUUCCUUUCUUUUGCCUUCAAAUCUUUCCCAACAUUAGGGUAAUUUCCAAUUAAUUUUCUUUUCUCAUUUGACAGCCCAAGUAUUUCAGCUUCAGUAUCUCUUCUUACAAAGAAUAAUCAGGGUUGAUUUCUUUUAUGUUGACUGAUUUGAUCUUGCAGUCAAAGGGAUUCUCAAAAGUGUUCUCCAAUGCCACAAUUUGAAAACAUCCAUUCUUCAGCUCUCAGCCUUCCUUAUGGUCC